AUGAGGGUAACUUCUAUAGAAAAAAUACAGUCAAGAAUUAUGAACGGGCACGUUGAAGAGAAUGGCAACAACAUCCACAAAGAGAACGGGCACAGCAAAGGCAAUGAGGACAAGAAGAUCUUUGUCGGAGGGAUUGCCUACGACGUUACAAACGAUGACUUAACCACGCACUUUGGUGAAUUCGGAGAAGUCGCCAACGCUCAAGUUAAAUUCGACCGCACAACUGGUCGCUCCCGAGGAUUCGCCUUCGUCGAGUUCACUUCUGGAGACUCCUGCAAAGCCGCUCUCGCUGCUCGUGAGCAAACGAUCAAGGGGAAGGCCGUAGAGGUCAAGCCCGCCAAGUCCCGCGAGAACAAGAAGGUCUUCGUCGGUGGCCUGCCGUCUGAUUACGAUGAGAGCCAGCUGCGCGUGCAUUUCGAGCACUUCGGCAAAGUCGAGGACAUCGAAUGGCCGUUCGACAAGCAGACCAAGACACGACGAAAUUUCGCCUUCAUCGUUUUCGAGGAAGAGGAGGCCGCUGACAAGGCGUCGUCCCAGUCCAAGCAGACUUUCGGCUCCCGCGAAUGCGACGUGAAGAAGGCUGUCCCGCAAGGCAAGCGCUUCGCCAUGGGUGGCCCUCGUGGAAACGGAAUGGGAGGACGCUUCCCCGGGCGCGGAGGGGCUCACGGAGCUGGAUGGUACGGAUGGAGUCAAAUGGGAGGCGUUCCGUACGGUGGAGCCGGAUGGGGCGGUGAUUGGUACAAUGCUGCUUCUGCCUACUACGGCGGCGGUGCUGGCAACCAGAAUGGCACAUACGGGAGUGGUGCCGGAGGUUACGGAGGCAACAGCUACGACUAUCAGGGAUCCCAGAGGCAGGGAGGACAAGCCGGUGGUGCCACCCAGCGCUACCAUCAGCCUCAGCAACAACAGCAGUAC